UUGUUGCAUGAGAGUGAGUUAGUUUGUUCGUACAGUGCGUAACGGAUAUCGCGUUCGGGAACGGAUACGGGACUUUGGAUACAGAUUUCCAAAGAGAGGUUGCUUUCUCUAAAGAGCGACUCUUCUUAAGUUAUCAUCAUGCCGGUUUUUCACACCAAGACGAUAGAAAGUAUCCUGGAGCCCGUGGCUCAGCAGAUCUCUCAUCUGGUGAUCAUGCAUGAGGAGGGAGAGGUGGACGGGAAAGCGAUACCGGAUCUCACCGCUCCCGUAUUGGCCGUGCAGGCUGCUGUCAGCAACCUGGUCCGGGUAGGAAAGGAGACUGUUCAGACCACAGAAGAUGCCAUCAUGAGGAGAGACAUGCCUCCUGCUUUUAUAAAGGUCGAGAACGCUUGUGCGAAACUGGUGCAGGCUUCUCAGAUGUUAAAGGCCGACCCGUAUUCUGUCCCGGCCAGAGAUUAUCUGAUCGAUGGCUCACGUGGGAUUCUGUCAGGCACCUCUGACCUGCUUCUCACAUUCGAUGAGGCCGAGGUUCGUAAAAUCAUCCGUGUGUGUAAAGGGAUUCUGGAGUAUCUGACUGUAGCUGAGGUCGUGGAAUCGAUGGAAGACCUUAUCACAUACACAAAGAAUCUGGGACCAGGUAUGACAAAGAUGGCGAAGAUGAUUGACGAGCGACAGCAGGAAUUGACUCAUCAGGAGCACAGGGUCAUGCUGGUGAACUCCAUGAACACGGUGAAGGAGCUGCUGCCCGUCCUCAUAUCAGGCAUUAAGAUCUUCGUUACGACCAGGACAUCUCAGGGGAAGGGUGUGGAGGAGGCACUGAAGAACAGGAAUUUCACCGUGGAGAAGAUGAGCGCAGAAAUCAAUGAGAUCAUCCGUGUACUGCAGCUCACGUCCUGGGAUGAGGACGCCUGGGCCAAUAAGGACACAGAGGCCAUGAAGCGAGCACUGGCUCUGAUUGACUCGAAAAUGGCCCAGGCCAAGAAUUGGCUCAGAGACCCUCACGCCCAGCCAGGUGACCCUGGUGAGCAGGCCAUUCGUCAGAUUUUGGAUGAAGCGGGUAAAGUGGGCGAACUCUGUGCUGGGAAAGAGAGGAGAGAUAUUGUGGGCACAGCCAAAACUCUUGGACAGAUUACCGAACAGGUUUCUGAGUUACGAGCCAGGGGUCAGGGAGCGAGUCCAGUGGCCAUGCAGAAAGCGCAGCAGGUGUCUCAGGGUUUGGACGUUCUGACGGGGAAAGUUGAAAAUGCGGCGCAUAAAUUAGAGGCUAUGACCAAUUCUAAACAAGCCAUCGCCAAGAGAAUAGACGCUGCGCAGAACUGGCUGGCAGACCCCCACAGAGGUCCCGAGGGUGAGGAGAACAUCAAGGCUCUUCUGGGUGAAGCGAGGAAGAUCGCUGACCUGUGUGAAGAUUCCAAAGAAAGAGAGGACAUCCUGCGCAACAUGGGCGAGAUCACAGCGCUCACCGCCAAACUCUCCGAGCUCAAGAAAGUAGGUAAGGGUGAUACUCCUGAGGCUCGUGCUUUGGCGAAGCAGAUUGCCACCGCUCUGCAGAAUCUUCAGUCCAAAACCAGUAAAUCUGUAGCCAACACUCGACCGGCCAAAGCCGCCGUUCACCUGGAAGGCAAAAUCGAGCAGGCUCAGAGAUGGAUCGACAACCCAACCCUGGACGACAGCGGUGUCGGUCAGGCUGCGAUUCGUGGGCUGGUUGCUGAGGGGCGUCGUCUGGCCAAUGCAUUGCCGGCAUCUCAAAGGCACGAGUUGUUGGGUAAAUGUGAGGAGGUGGAACAUCUGAUGGCGCAGUUAGCCGAACUAGCAGCUCGGGGAGACGGAGAUGGUCCACAAGCCCGCGCAAUCGCUCAACAGCUACAGGAUACACUCAAAGAGCUGAAGGGUAAAAUGCAGGAAACCAUGACACAGGAAGUUUCUGACAUCUUCAGUGACACAACCACACCAGUCAAACUAUUGGCUGUGGCAGCGACGGCCCCACCGAACACCCCCAAUAGAGAGGAGGUGUUUGAAGAGCGGGCGGCAAACUUUGAGAAUCACGCCGGGCGUCUAGGCGCUACAGCAGAGAAGGCGGCCGCCGUGGGCACUGCCAAUAAGAGCACAGUAGAGGGCAUCCAAGCCGCGGUUAAAUCUGCCCGAGAGCUCACGCCACAGGUUGUUUCAGCAGCUCGAAUCCUCCUCAAGAAUCCUGGUAAUCAGGCGGCAAGCGAGCACUUUGAAACCAUGAAGAAUCAGUGGAUCGACAAUGUUGAGAAAAUGACAGGUCUGGUAGAUGAGGCGAUCGACACCAGGUCUUUGUUGGACGCAUCAGAAGAAGCCAUUAAGAAAGAUCUGGAUAAGUGUCAGGUAGCUAUGGCCAAUCACCAGCCUCAGAUGCUGGUCGCCGGGGCAACCAGCAUCGCUCGGCGAGCCAAUCGGAUCCUGCUUGUGGCAAAACGAGAGGUGGAGAACUCCGAGGACCCGAAGUUUAGAGAAACGGUGAAAGCAGCUUCAGACGAGCUCAGCAGAACCAUCUCACCAAUGGUCAUGGAUGCCAAGGCGGUGGCUGGAAACAUACAGGACCAAGGUCUUCAGAGGGGUUUCCUGGACUCUGGUUUCAAGAUUCUGAGUGCUGUGGCUAAAGUCAGAGAGGUGUUCCAGCCACAGGAGCCAGACUUCCCCCCUCCACCUCCAGACCUGGAGCAGUUGCAGAUAAACGACGAUGCUGCUCCCCCAAAACCACCCCUGCCGGAGGGUGAAAUGCCCCCUCCCCGACCCCCACCACCCGAGGAGAAGGACGAGGAGUUCCCAGAGCAGCAGGCUGGAGAGAUGGUCAGCGAGCCCAUGAUGGUGGCCGCCCGACAGCUACAUGACGAGGCCCGGAAGUGGUCGAGCAAGGGUAAUGACAUCAUUGGCGCGGCUAAGCGCAUGGCUCUGUUGAUGGCGGAGAUGUCUCGACUGGUGCGUGGCGCCAGCGGGAAUAAGAGAGCCCUCAUCCAAUGUGCCAAAGACAUCGCCAAAGCCUCUGAUGAGGUCACACGCCUCGCCAAAGAAGUCGCCAAGCAGUGUACAGACAAACGCAUCAGAACCAACCUGCUGCAGGUGUGUGAGAGAAUUCCUACCAUCAGCACACAAUUGAAGAUUCUCUCCACUGUGAAGGCCACCAUGUUAGGACGAACCAAUAUCAGCGAGGAGGAAUCAGAGCAGGCUACUGAGAUGUUGGUCCAUAAUGCUCAGAACCUGAUGCAGUCCGUGAAGGAGACUGUGAGAGAAGCCGAAGCCGCAUCCAUCAAGAUCCGCACAGAUGCCGGAUUCACCCUCCGCUGGGUCCGUAAGACACCGUGGUACCAGUGAGGAGCAGAACCAACACAAAUAUCCCAGCGUGCACUUGGAGAAACAGUUCAGUCCAGGUCCGAAAUGUCAUUGCAGAUAUGACGUCCACCUCGUGUAGGGGUGGCCAAACUAUUCCAUAUCAAAACCAUUGUUCUUGAGGAUGUUAAUGAGUGUAAAAUAUGGGACUAUUCAAUUAUACCGUAUUGUGGUCAAUUCCUUUUCUAAUUUGUGGAUUGUGGUUUAUUUUGUUUUGAUAGAUCCCAAUUAGAAAUUUUUGAAUCCUGAUGUUUUGCAAAGGUCAUUAUUUUUAUUAUUUCUCAGAUAUUUUUACAGAAACAAUAUAUGGGUGCAUUUUGAAGCCAUUUGAUUUUCGUAGAUGCAGUUUAUAUAAAGUGUCUUUAUAUAUACACUAUCUAUGUCAUUUUCGUAUUCUUAUUUUCACCUAACUUUUUUCAGUCUUUGAAUGUAUAUUUAAAUGCCAUCAUCACACACACACAUACAAAUCUUUAUCUUUUGUCUUCGCAUGCACAGAAACACAAGCACAGAUGUUGAUAUUCUGCAAUCCUAGCUGAUUAUAUGAGUAAAUGUGCUUUUGAAUGUAAAGUGUAUGUGAAAACUGCAAAGAAUAAUUUUUAUAAUCAGCAUUGUUCUUCUGUUUUCCUACAAAAAUGUAUAAAUGUCUUCUAAACAAGAUGCAUUUACUGGAGAAGCAAAAUUAUGUAACAAAAGACUUUUUUCUUUUUUCACCCCACUGGCAAAUGGUUGUUUUCUUAUUUCAAGCAUAACACUCACAAAUUGUAUCAUCUUCCACAAUUUUGCUUCUCACAUAAGUGUAUUUUGUUUUAAGGAUGUUUCAAUAUUUUCACUGAAAAAUAAGACAAAAAUACUGAUUAUAAAAACCGAUUUCACCAAACGUAUAAUUGUUGUUUACCUAUUAUCCAGUAACGUAAUUUAUCAACAGACCGUCCAAACUAUCAUUCAGGGAUGACACUGCAAGCUGAAUUAAAGAGGUAAUUAAACCUACAACCUGGUGCUUCAUGUGUACCUGUGAACUAUGCAAAUCAAAUCUGUUUAUAACCACACAAAACACACUGCUGUCCUCGUAUUUCCACUAAAGACUUCACUGUGCUAGAUACACUACUAAAAUCUCUUGCGGAUUGUACACUCAAGUAUAUUUAUAUGAGUGAAAGUAUGUUCUUUGCAUAAAUUUUCCUUGUAUAAUAUUGAGGAGACCAGUAGUUUUAGUGUAAAUAAUGUGUCCUCUACAGACAGCCUGUAAGACCUUUGUGCCUUGUCAUAAUAAAAUAACUAAUUAUCGUC